AUGCCUGGCAUAUCACCAGACAUCAUAUCCCAUAGGCUUAGCGUCAAUCCUGCUGUCCGACCAGUCCGACAGAAGCGUCGAGCUUAUGACCCCGAGCGCUAUGAGGCCAUGAAGGCGGAGGUGGAUCGAUUGAGUAGUAUCCGAUUCAUCAGGGAGGUUGACUAUCCUACAUGGCUGGCCAAUGUCGUGAUGGUUACAACCAGAUCUUCAUGCAUCCCCGAAGACCAGGCCCACACCUCUUUCAUCACGGACCGAGGCCUCUACUGCUAUAAGGUGAUGCCCUUUGGCCUCAAGAACGCCGGGGCUACAUACCAGCGUCUGGUGAACCACCUUUUCGCCCCAUUGAUUGGCAAUACCAUGGAGGUUUAUGUCGACGACAUGCUAGUCAAGAGUCGCACAGCUGACCAGCACAUCCCCAACCUCUCUGCCAUGUUCACCAUCCUGAAGCAGUACAAAAUGAGGCUUAACCCCACCAAAUGUGCAUUCGGGGUGGCUUCCGGCAAAUUCCUUGGCUUCAUGAUCAGCCAGAGGGGUAUUGAGGCCAAUCCAGAAAAGAUCCAGGCCAUCUUAGAUAUGACAAUACCUAAGACGGUCAAGGAUAUCCAAAGCCUUACAGGGCGUGUUGCAGCCCUGACCAGAUUUAUCUCCAAAGCCACUGACCGCUGCGCCCCAUUCUUCAAGGCCCUUAAGGGCACCAAGCGAAACAUCACCUGGACUGCUGAAUGCGACACGGCUUUCAGCGAGCUCAAGGAGUAUAUGGGCCGGGAUAACGCGGAACACCCAGUGCAUUAUGUUAGUAAGGCAUUGCAAGAUGCCGAAGUUCGAUACCCAGACAUCGAAAAAUUGGCGUUCGCCCUGGUCGUCUCGGCUAGACGCCUCCGACCAUAUUUCCAAGCUCACACCAUCCAUGUCUUAACCAACCAACCGCUCCGACAAGUGUUGCAGAAACCAGAAACUUCUGGGAGGCUGGUUAAGUGGGCCAUUGAACUUGGCGAGUUUGAUAUUCAUUACAAACCCCGCCCGGCUAUAAGGGGGCAGGCCGUUGCUGACUUCUUAUCCGAAUUCACGGAGCCCCAAGCUUCAGCAGCUACCCAGCUCAUAACCGAACCCAAUCUCUCUCCGAGCCAGGACCAAACCCCCAGCAAAAGCACUCUCGACCUAACCCAGCCCCUAUGGACCUUAUUCGUAGAUGGCUCUUCUAAUGCCCAGGGGUGUGGGCCGGCCUCGUUCUCGUCUCCCCAGACAAGGUUCGAGUACGCCCUCCGCUUCAAAUUCCAAGCCUCCAACAAUGAGGCCGAAUAUGAAGCACUCUUAGCUGGUCUUCGACUAGCCAAAGAGAUGGACGCCAAACAAAUUCAGAUAUUCAGCGACUCACAGCUCGUUGUCCACCAGGUCAACCAGGACUUCACGGCCAAGGAUGCCUCUAUGACGGCUUACCUCCAGCACGCUCGGCACUUGCUGGCAACCUUCCACGCCCACUCUAUCAGGCAAGUGCCGCGCUCAGAGAAUAGCCAUGCCGAUGCACUAGCCAGGUUAGCCUCAGCCCUGGAGCAAGGAAUAGGUCGCCACAUCCACAUCGAGUUUUUGGCCCAGCCCAGCACACAAGCCCCACUCAUCUGCACCAUUGAUCACAGCCCUACAUGGAUGGACCCCAUCCUCCAGUUUUUGCAGAACCAAACACUACCGGCUAAUUCAAUCGAGGCACGACGCGUUCGCCAUCGCUCUGCCCGAUACCUGAUCAUUAACGGCUCCUUAUACAAGCGGGGUUUCAGCCUUCCUUACCUCCGAUGCCUGACUCCAGAGGAGGGUCACUAUGUCCUCCGAGAAAUCCAUGAAGGCAUCUGCGGUAACCACUCGGGCGCACGCUCGCUGGCCCAUAAGGCAAUCCGCCAAGGAUACUUCUGGCCUUCACUCCACACUGACGCCCAGGCCUUCACCCAGAAAUGCGACAAGUGUCAGAGAUUUGCCAACAUUCCACAACUCCCGGCAGAACCAUUGACUGCCAUGGUCAGUCCUUGGCCAUUUGCCCAAUGGGGACUGGAUCUCAUUGGACCUAUGCCAGAGGGCAAGGGCCAAGUCAAAUAUGCAGUUGUGGCCGUAGACUACUUCACCAAGUGGGCUGAGGCCGAGGCCCUGGCCACCAUCACUGCGGCUCGCAUCGAAUCCUUUUGUGUGGCAAAACAUUCCCAUCCUCAGUCCAAUUGCCAGGUCGAAGCCGUGAACAAAAUUAUCAAGAAGACCCUCAAGACAAAACUUGACAAAGCCAAGGGCUGCUGGCCAGAACUACUCCCGGAAGUACUCUGGUCCUACCGCACCACCUUCCGCACAUCCACGGGUGAAACGCCGUUCUCCCUAUCAUUUGGAACCGAGGCCGUGGCACCGGUAGAGAUUGGCCAGCCCACAUACCGAACCUCCACUUACGAUGCCAAGGCCAAUGACGAGCAGUUGGCCCUCAACCUCGACUUCAUUGACGAGCUCCGUGACCAAUCAAGCAUGCGCAAUGUCGCGUACAAACAACGCAUCGCCAAAUACUACGACUCCCGAGUCAAGCCCCGCGCUUUCAAAAUGGGGGACUGGGUCAUGCGCAAGGUUUCCUUGGCUACCAAAAAUCCUACCGAAGGUACCCUCGGCCCUACAUGGGAGGGUCCUUAUGAGAUUAUCAAAAUCUGCCGCCCCGGCACUUAUCAGCUUCGCGAUCCCACAGGCAAGACGCUGCCUCAUCCCUGGAACGCUGACCACCUCAAGUACUACUACAAGUAA